CAUGCACGGCCGCUGGCGCAUGUGCGGCCCAGGCCAAGGCCGCGGAGGCCGACGGGGCCCUGCUCCUCCCCGGCUGCGUUCCUCGGGUCAGGCUGGGGACCGAGCCCUCCGGUUUGCCCGGCCGGGAUGGAGCAGCUCGGGAAGAAGUCAGGGCCGGCGGCUCGGCUGGACGUCAUCCUCCGGCACCUCUCCCCGCGGCUGGGAGCAGCCCCUGCUCCCACAAGCGUUCCUACUUCAGCCCAAGUUAGUGCUGUUCCUCAGCAAUCAGGGAGGUUUCGCUACACCCUGGACAACGAUGUCCUCACCACCGAGCAAAGGCAGUUCUAUGAAGAUAAUGGGUAUCUGCUCAUUAAGAAGCUCGUUUCUGACGAAGACAUUGAGCGCUUCAGGAAGGAGUUUGUGAGGAUCUGUAAAAGAGAAGUGACUCCACCAGGAGCUAUGAUUAUGAAAGACGAGUCCCUGAGAUCCCAGUAUGGUCAGUCUGAAAAAGUAGUUAAUAAAGUGCAGGACUUCCAGGAGGACAAAGAACUGUUCCGAUACUGUACUCUGCCAGAGGUCCUCAGAUAUGUUGAAUGCUUCACAGGGCCCAACAUCAUGGCCAUGCACACCAUGCUGAUAAAUAAGCUUCCAGAUUCUGAUCAACAGACUUUUCUCCACCCCAUGCAUCAGGACUUGCACUAUUUCCCCUUCCGGCCUGCGGCCCGCAUCGUCUGCUCCUGGACCGCCAUGGAGAGGGCCGACCAGGACAACGGCUGCCUCAUCGUGCAACCAGGGACACACAAGCAGCACCUCAAGCCCCACGGCUACCCACAGUGGGAGGGCAAAACCAACAAACUUUUCCAUGGGCUGCUUGAUGAGGAUGAGAAGACUCCCAAGGUGCACCUUGUCAUGGAGAAGGGAGACACAGUGUUCUUCCAUCCCCUGCUCAUUCAUGGCUCUGGGAUAAACAAGACAUCAGGGUUCCGAAAGAGCAUAAGCUGUCACUUCGCCAGCUCAGAGUGCCACUACAUCGACGUCAAGAACACGAGCCAAGAGCACCUGGAGAAGGAGCUGGUAGAAAUGGUUCGCAAGAAAUACAACGCGACUUCCGUGGAACUCCGGGAUAUUUGGAACUUCCGAGCACGGCUUGUGCAAGGGGAAAGAAUUAACCUGUAGAACAACCUCUGAAGAGCGGGAUGGAAAACACGUGCCUGAGAAUGUGCUUCUCUGGUCGGAGAGUGGUGACCCUGCCCCAGCAGGCACAAUUCCGUGUGCUUUGUUGACCUCUGUAUUGGUAACUUAGCCAAAUGCUGCAUCUCAAAAUCAUUUUAUGCUAAUACAAAGUAAUUGCACUGGGGGUGAACAGCUGAUGUACGUCAAGGAAAACCUAGCCUAGGAAAACAGAGAUUUGCUGUGGUUAUCUUAAACGAUCAAAGAAUUAAGGUCUUGAAAGAACACCUUGAUUUUCUUGAUGUUUUCAUUCUUGUUUUGUAAAAGUUUCUGAUGUGACAUACCUUUGGAAUGAUGCUGUACUAACAUAAGAUUUUAUGCAAGGGUAUGUUUUCUAGCAUUUCCCACUUCCUUUUCUAUGCAAAAGAAAGAAAAUGAAGCUCAGUAGGAGCUCACAGGGGAAGUUGUUAGUAGAGCUGAUGAAGAUGAGGAUAUGGGUACCAGCAGAAGCAAGGGUGUAAAGAACUGGAUAAAGGGGAAGCAGCAACUGCUCACAUAGAAAAAACGGAACAGAUGGGCUGGAAUAUUAGAGUUCCUCAGACAUGACCUGCUGUGGCACCAUAUCUUAUGAGUAGUGCUGGUACAAGUGAAACAUGUGGCUGACAGGGUUGGGAGCCGCUGGGCCAGCAAACCAGCCUCCCGUUGGCCUUGCACAACCACCCCGAGGCUGUGUGAAGUCCUCCUUGGAGUCUGGUGGGUCUGGGAAAAGGUGCCAGGUGAGGGAGGUGGUUGGAUGCACCGGUGGUGGGGUGGAGCGACGUGCACUGAAAUGAUCCUCUCACCUUUCACAACGUCUUUCCUUGCUUUCGGAAAGAUUCUUUGGCUUUCAGAAUCUAUUUUUUGAAAUACAGAUUUAAUCAGAGCAAA